AAUAAAGUAUGGCUAUCCAAUUUAAUUGUGUUUCAUCCAUGUUAAUACUAGUACUUUUAUCCAUAUCAUCCGUUGAAGGUCAAGGAGGAGGAGGUGGUGGUGUUAUUGAUGUUGUUGCAAAGUUUGGUGCAAAGGCAGACGGGAAAACAGAUUUGAGUAAGCCAUUGUUGGAUGCUUGGAAAGAAGCAUGUGCCUCGACAUCGCCAGCAAAAAUUGUGAUUCCUAAAGGGAUAUAUUUUUUAAGUACAGCUACCUUAGAUGGUCCUUGCAAGGCUCCUAUUGAGCUUCAAGUUGAAGAACCUUGAAGGCUCCGCAAACCUGUUGCUUUCAAGGAGCCUAAAUGGAUUACCUUCAAUAGAAUUGAAAAUUUCAAAUUGUCUGGCGGAGGACUUUUCGAUGGCCAGGGAACCACUGCUUAUAAAAGGGAAGGCUGCAAAAACCAUGAUUAUUGUGGUUCACUUCCUAUUAACCUAAGGUUUGAUUUUUUAACCAACGCAAUGAUACAAGAUAUAACUACCAAAGACAGCAAGCAGUUCCACGUUAAUGUUCUAGGAUGCAAAAACAUUACUUUCGAACAUUUCACCAUAUCUGCACCUGAUGAAAGCCCAAACACAGAUGGUAUUCACAUCGGGAGAUCAGAUGGGGUCAAUGUUCUUAACUCGGAGAUAAAAACUGGUGAUGAUUGUGUUUCAAUUGGGGAUGUCCAAAAUUUGGUUAUCAAUGGAGUAACACGUGGACCGUGACAUGGUAUCGAUAUUAGCGCCCUCGGAUUGUUUAAAAAUGAAGAACCCGUUGAUGGAGUUACAGUAAAAAACUGCUCCUUCACUAACACUUCCAAUGGUGUUAGAAUCAAAACUUGGCCAGGUGCUGAACGCGGCACCUGUUCUAACAUUCACUUUGAGGAUAUUACCGUCACCAAUGUCAGUUCUCCUAUUAUAAUUGAUCAGAAAUAUUGCCCGUGGAACAAAUGCAAAAUCAAUGAAGAAUCAAAAGUUAAACUAAGCAACAUUAGUUUCAAAAACAUUCACGGCAUUCGCACUUCCGAAGCCGUGAAGAUUAUUUGCAGCGCUACUUUGCCGUGUGAAAAUGUGGAACUUGCCGACAUUGAAAUUACGCACAGUGGACCGACUGGACCUGCAGUAUCACAAUGUUCAAAUGUGAAGCCUAAAGUUAGUGGCAAACAAAAUCCAGCUCCAUGUUCCGCCCCUCUCCCAGCAAAACCUACCCCGACCGCUUAAUAAAUAGCAAUGGUAUAAAUUUUUUUGAUGAGGUUGUAACUCUUAUAAUUAUAUUUAUUUUGCAAAUAAAUUUUGUUUUGUUUUA